AUGGCUUCCAGUCCGUAAGCAGCGGUCCGUACGACGACACUGCUUCCCUGCCGUCGUCGGUAUCCCUCAAGUUCAAUUAUCCGGUACCACCAUGAUAUUCACGUCACCCCGUCCACCGCUUGACAUCCCGAAGAAGGACAUUCUGUCCUAUAUGUUCGAUGAUUGGCAACAUGGUUGGGAUAAACCAGUGUUUGUCGAUGCUGAUGAUCCAUCACAGAUUAUCACUGCCGAACAGCUCGUCAAUCUCACUAGGCGUAUUGGACGUGGACUUCGUGAAAGCGUUGGAGUGCGACCUGGCGAUGUCGUGCUUAUGAGCGCGACGAACAGCAUUAUCAUCCCACCACUGAUACUCGGGAUAUUAUGCUCUGGAGCGACACUGUCCGGUGCCAGUCCGAGAUUUACCCAGUCUGAACUUUCGUACCAAAUUAAGGACACAGGCGCAAAGGCGAUUUUUGCCGUUCAAGAGACACUGGACCUCGUUCUGAACUGCGUUGAUGCGCUGGGCUUACCAAGGUCGAUGGUGUAUCUGAUUACAUUAGAGAAAAGCUCAGAGAAGGGAGUUCGCACCUUGGGAAAUCUCUUGGACUUUGGCGAGAUGGACUGGGAGCGGUUAACAACGGAGGAAGCAAUGCGGAGCCGGAUCGCUGCAUUGAACUACAGUAGUGGCACAACAGGCCUUCCGAAGGGCUGCAUGAUUACUGUGUACAACAUCGUCGCACACUGUGAGCAACAACGUCAGGUGCAUGAUAUUAGCCGGCAGGUAUUGCGGGAACGUGGAGAAGAUAUGCCAGACACCGACGCUGUCAUUUGCUUCCUGCCUUUCUACCAUGCUUUUGGUCAGCAGCAAUAUGUUUUCAAUGCGGCUCGAAAUGGAGAUACUACAUACGUCAUGCCUUCCUUUUCCUUCGAAGCUUUGCUCCGCUACAUCCCAAAAUACAAAAUCACUACAUUUGCUGCUGUACCGCCCGUAGCCGUACUCCUCGCGAAGCAUCCCGAUGUGCGUAAUACGGACUUUAGCUCGGUUCACUCGAUCUUAUGUGGAGCUGCUCCACUUGGCAAAGAGACACAGCUGCAGGCUGAGGCUGCGAUGAAUACGUACAAGAAGGGACGUGUGCAAAUAUCUCAGGGAUGGGGUAUGAGCGAAGGCGUGUGUGGUUCCUGCAACUUCAUGCUUUACGAGAGGGAUCCAGACGUUUCGGGAGUUGGAUAUCUCCUUUCUGGCAUGAGUGCGCGCAUCGUGCCUGCAGAUGGGUCGGACUAUUCUAAGUCACUUGGUUUUAACGAGGAAGGAGAAAUAUUAUUGAAGGGGCCGCAGAUCUUCCCUGGUUAUUGGCGAAAGGAAAAAGAGACUCGGGAGGCAUUUACAGAAGAUGGGUGGUACAAGACAGGUGACGUUGGUAUCAUGAAAAGAAAUGGGAUAAUGCACAUUGUGGACAGGAAGAAAGAACUGAUAAAAGUAAAGGCCUUUCAAGUUGCGCCUGCUGAACUUGAAGAUAUGCUCCUCAAGAGCCCAGAUGUAGAGGAUGCUGCUGUCAUUGGUAUACCAGGAGAAGGGACUGAGCAUCCGCGCGCAUACAUCGUUCCCUCACCUUCGCGCCAAUCUACCAAUCCGGAAGUACUCCGGGCCCUUGCAAACGACAUACUGACAUUUUCCGCAAGACAUUCCGCUAGCUACAAGCAUCUGACAGGCGGUAUCGUCUUCGUUGACAUUAUACCGAAGAAUCCGAGUGGGAAAAUCUUGCGACGACAGUUACGGGAUAGGGCUAGGGCAAAAGAUUGUAAUGAUAAAGUUUGGUUAUCGGAAGAGAGAGGGAAGAUAAGAGCGAGGCUGUAGGAAUCUUCCUGGGGGGAUACUUAAUUAGCAUGUUUUGGUGUUAUCUUAUCAAAGUCCAUAUAUGCGCAUAGGAAA